GCGGACGUCUUGGUUAAAUUUACCUUUUAUAUUAUCACCCUUUUCCAGCUUUGGAGAACUUGAAUCAAGUGAAACAUCCAUGAUGAAUAAACGAAGCAGUAAGGUGCGUGUCUAUGUACGCACUAGGCCAACUGACAAGUUUGCCCAGGAUAUGAUUGAGCUCGUUCCUGAUGGCAAGAGUGUCAACAUCCAUGCCAAGAAAGAUGUGAAAAGAGGCGUGGUUAACAAUCAGAUGUUAGAUUGGUCCUUUAAGAUGGAUGGUAUUCUUCAUAAUGCUAGUCAAGAUAAGGUUUAUGAAGAAGUUGCUUCACCUCUGGUCACACAGCUUCUUGAUGGUUAUAAUGGGACAUUAUUGUGUUAUGGUCAAACCGGCGCUGGUAAAACCUACACAAUGACUGGAGCAACAGAGAAUUACAAGCAAAGAGGAAUCAUUCCUAGGGCUAUCUCACAGGUUUACAAGGAAAUAGAGGACAGACCAGAGCAAGCGAUCACUGUUCGGAUCAGUUAUUUAGAGAUCUACAACGAGACCAUGUUUGAUCUCUUGUCCACCCUGCCGUACAGUAUCCAGGGACUUCCCCAGAUGACCAUCACAGAGGACGAGUUUGGGAUCAAUAUCAAAGGCUUGAGUGUACAUCUUGCACACAAUGAAGAGGAGGCUCUCAAUCUACUGUUUGAGGGUGAGACCAAUCGUGCCAUCGCCUCUCAUGCUCUGAACAGUGUAUCCUCCCGAUCUCACUGCAUCUUCACCAUACAUGUUGAAUCGAGAUCCAGGACCGAGUCCAAUGCUAAAUACAUCCGCAGCAAGUUCAACCUGGUCGAUCUUGCUGGUUCAGAGCGCCUUAGUAAGACAGGGUCUGAAGGCAAGACACAGCAAGAGGCUGUGUACAUCAACAAAUCCUUGACAUUCCUGGAACAGACGACCAUUGCCUUGGCUGACAGGAGGCGAGAGCAUAUACCCUACAGACAGACCAAGCUUACACACUGUCUCAAAGAUUCAUUAGGUGGGAACUGCAACACCAUCAUGAUCGCAAAUGUCUGGGGAGAAGCCAAGCAGAUAGAAGAAACCAUCUCAACCCUGCGCUUUGCUACCAGGAUGAUGUGCAUUGCUGUCAAUCCCGCCGUCAAUGAAUACUUUGAUCCUGCAUUGCUUGUCAAGAAACUUGAGAAGGAGAUCAAACAUCUGAAACAUGAACUCACCAUGCAUGAUACUUUGGCUAACCGGAGCCAAGUGAGUUACGAGCCGCUAUCCGAUACUCAACUCCUAGAGGUCAACAACCAGGUACGACGUUACCUUGAUGGCUCGUUGGAAGAGAUUGAUAUUGUCAACGUUCGCCAAAUCCAGAGCAUCUUUCAAACAUUCAAAACAAUGGUUAGUCAGAUGGAGAGUGAAGUUGAAGGUCGUCUAAGGCAGAAGUAUACCAUCAUUGACCGGAUGGAUCCUAAUGCUGUUGCUGCUGCACAGAAGGCUGGUGUAGUUUUUGAUGAGGAUGGUGGUGCUACAUAUGUAGGAGAGGUUGAUGGGCAGGGCUUUGGUAUAGGAGUUGCUCCGGCUUCAUCUAAGCCAGCUCAUUCAUCUGUGGUAUCUGCAAGAAAGGCCAGGGGAAGGAAAGCCAAGGAAAGGGGAAGCCCUCAACUUAAAGGUGUAUCCAGCCCUUCCCCUACCAUGGAGCGAGCCUCCCCCGUCAGGAACGGUAACAUCGGCCCAGAAACUAGAGAAUCAGCGGUCAGGACUGAGACGGCCUCUGUGACUGGGUCACAGGGUCCAGCAGCAGAGGGCGCUACACAGGGAAGAGCGACUCCACCGCUCAGAACGGUUGCGUUUGAAGAGUUCAAGCAUGAGAAAGGCAGUGAGAUCAAUAGGAUACUCAUGGAAAAUAAAGACAUUCUUAAAGGGAAGAGGAAACAUUGCAGAGACUUGGCUAAGACUAUCAACAUGACAAAGCAAGAGAUUGAUGUGACUAGGAAUGCUAUUGAGAAAUUAAGGCAAGAGAAAGCUGAGCAAGGUGACUUUGUGAACGAGGAAGGCGAGAUGGUGAUCAGUGAGGAAGAGUUCCAGAUGAUCAAGAAACUGAAGGAACUCAAAGCUUCAUACCGCAGUGAUUAUGAUGAACUAAGACAGAUCAAAUCAGAGAUACAGUACUGUCAGAAGCUUGUAGACCAGUGCAGACAGAGACUUGUAACUGAAUUUGACAACUGGUACAGUGAAUGUUUCCUUACUACUGAGGAGGGUCAGAGUAGUGCAGCGGCGGGAGUUGGAGCUAGGCCAGGAACGCAGUAUGACAUGCCUGAAGAUGAAGGGGAGAAGUUUGAGAGAUUACAAUCAGAACUCCUAAUGGAGAAUCCUGAUUCAGCGUCUUUCUAUAACGCCAAAAUGAGGACAGAUAGGCGGAAAAUUUUGGAGAAUGCCAUGAAUCAACCUCAACCUCAGGCCUCCUCUAACCGGCCAAGAGACAUCACCUCACCUACUGUCACCAUACGCAACAAACCCCCAUCUAUGAUGCUUGUCCAGAAUUAGUGCCGCUAAAACCAUGAACUGGUUUCAACAUCUGUGGAAACCAACUAUAGCUAUUUUCAAAUGAACAUUGUCUGUUUAUUUUUGAUGAUGAAUCUAUUAAGAUUGAUUAAUAGUCACAAAAAGUAACAUUAGAAAAUAAUAAAAAUGGUUAAUGAUUGGAGGGGGUGUUCUUGUCAAGAAAGGGGAAAAGGAAAUGUUUAGAGAAUACACUUGUUGGUUCAUAUGGGAUCUCUGUUUUUAUACCUAAUGUUUUUAGGAUAUAUAAACUGUUAUCUUUAAGC